AUGAUGAUGAUGAUGACCCGUGUGAUGUGUGUGUUGGCCGUUGUGCUGUGCUGCACCUGCGGGUAUACUUUGACUGUUGGAGUGGAAGCAGGUAGUCUUGAGAUAUGGGAUGGUUUUCCCCAUUCUUCAGAGCAAGAGAAGAAAGAAGCGUUGGGAUUGUUGUGCAAGCAUAACGUUAAUGCCACUAUUGAUAAUUUUAAUUGUACGGACGCGAUACCACCACCAGUGGCCGCCAAACCUGAAGCAAGUACCAUAGGUCGUUCACCCACAGGACCUGAAGUUAUAAGUCAGAGGGAAGAGUUGGAAGUGGGUGAGGCGGAUCCAGUUAAUCAUGUUGAGAGUGCAUCAAAUGCAGCAAGUACCUCAACAGGAAGGACUUCUCAUUCUGACACCACCAUUACUGCCGCACAAGAAUUGUCUGCGCCCAGCGUAAAAACACCAACAGUUACAAGCACACAGAGCCAAAAUGAAAAACCUACUGCAGAGAGCAGCACAACUUCGACAGCAGCCACUGAUGAGACUACAGAUAGCAGUACACCUGCCGACUCUAAUCUUACCCAGCAACCUCCCGUAACUGCCGCAUCAGACUCAGAUGAAACCAAUUCCACUAUUCCACCGAGGACCGAGAACACUACCACAGAAGCACCAACCACGAUUCCAUCUCCUGUUCCCGUAACUGACCCACAAAUCAGCAGCAUCACUUCCACUGUGCAGAAGAAGACAAAUGCUGACAGCAGUGUCAGUCCUCUGUGGAUGCACACUGCAGCACCGCUCCUGAUUGUGGUUGUGUUGUUCUCCGCUACCGUGUACUGA